CACCAGCAAGCCAGCUUCUACCACCACCACUGCCCCCCUUUCUCCCAGGCCUGCCUCGCAUUCUUGGCUAUUUUUAGGCAGACAGUAUCAGCUCAGCUGUCCCUCUGCCUCUGGCCGUUGCGCUUGGGAAGUGACACUUGGCUUACCUAUCGCGUUUCGCUCAGUCUUUUCCAACGGAAGCCCUGCCAGGGCGCCCGCGCUGCUGCUGCCUCUCUCACUGGGCCUCCGGCCUCCCCCAAUUUUCGUCAGGGGUUUAGGUUCUCCAGCGUGGCAGCCAUGGCCUUUUCAUCACGAUUUGCAUUCUGGGAGCAGAAGGUGAAGGAUGAAGACAAACCUUUAGCAGCGAAAAAAAACGAGAGAGAGGAUGGGGCUUUGGAUGUCCAGAGUGCAGGAAAGGAAGACCCCCGGAACCCCCGCAGCCCUGAGCCCCCAGAACGCCCUGGGAGGGUGAAGAGCCCAGAGCCCCCGGGGAAGGUGAAGAGCCCAGAGCCCCCGGGGAAGGUGAAGAGCCCAGAGCCCCCUGGUAGGGUGAAGAGCACAGAGCCGCUGCUCAACGGGGACACCCAGCAUUCCUGCCCUCCCGGCCAAGCCAUGAACGGCCUGGAAGGGUCCCAAGGAGCUGGCUCAUCGACUCAGCCCGAGCCACCUGCUGACGAUGCCCAGGGCCUCUCCCGCAAGAGAGUGGUGAGGGUGGUGCGGAAGGUGGUGCGGAAAGUGCUUCCAGGGGAGGAGUCUGGGGGCUCCAAGGAGCCGGGACGAGAUGUCAAGUCCAUGGAGCCAAGCAAGAAGGAGGAGAAGCCUCCUGCAAAGGUCCAGCCCCCACCUGCAAGGGUGCUCUCUCCAGGGCCGGCAAGGGUGCUCUCUCCAUCCCCUCGGCCACCCUCUUCCUUGAAGUCUGAGCCCAAGGAGGCAGCCCCCAAGGAUGACCUCUCGGUGGGGCUCAAGAGCCUGAUGUCGAGAGGCAGGACCAGAGAGCACCGGCCCCGUGCCAAGCUGCCAGAGAAGAAAGAAGAGGAGAAGAAGCCCCCAGAGAAGACAAAGACCCCGCCUCUUGUGGAAGGAAAGGCCACAGACACAAAGGGGAGUCAGGCGCCGAAGGGGCCUCCUGCGGCUCCAGCGAAGCUGGCAGUACCGAAAGCCACCACUGUGAAUAAGACUCCUUCCAAGGAGAAGCCCCAAACAGCAAAGCCAACAGAGAAGUCUCCGCCUCCCCUGAGUCCUGGAGAGGGAACCAUCCAGCAGCCGGAGCCUGCGACCACCACGGCUGCACUCCCCCAGGUACUGUACCCCAGCGCGCCGGAGGACCCCCUUCUAUCUCCCGUCUGCCUCUGGGUUGAUGUGUGUGCUCGCGCCACGUGCUGGAGUGCCAAGACGGAGGAACAAAUUGCAGCCGAGGAGGCCUGGUAUGAGACGGAUAAAGUGUGGCUGGUCCACAAGGAUGGCUUCUCCUUAGCAAGCCAGCUGAAGACUGAUGCUGCCGGCCUUCUGCCCGAGGGGAAAGUCAAGGUGAAACUGGACUACGAUGGAGCUCAGCUCGAGGUGGAUGAAGACGACGUGGAAAAGGCCAACCCUCCGUCGUGCGACCGCGUGGAGGACCUGGCCAGCCUUGUGUACCUCAAUGAGUCUAGCGUCCUGCACACGCUCCGCCAGCGCUAUGGCGGGAACCUCAUUCACACCUACGCUGGGCCCAACAUGGUGGUCAUCAACCCUCUCAGCUCUCCAUCCAUGUACUCUGAGAAGGUGAUGCACAUGUUCAAGGGCUGCCGCAAGGAGGACACCUCCCCCCACAUCUACGCCGUGGCCCAGGCCGCCUACCGGAACAUGCUCAUGAGCCGCCAGGACCAGUCCAUCGUUCUGCUGGGGAGCAGCAGCAGCGGAAAGACCACCAAUUGCCAGCACCUGGUCCAGUACUUGGCCACAGUUGCUGGCAGCUCCGGGAAGGUAUUCUCAGCGGAGAAGUGGCAAGCACUGUACACCAUCCUGGAGGCCUUUGGCAACAGCGGCACGAGCCUGAACGCCAACGCCACCCGCUUCUCACAGAUAAUCUCGCUGGACUUUGACCAGGCUGGGCAGGUGGCCUCUGCCUCUGUGCAGACGAUGCUGCUGGAGAAACUCAGGGUUGCCAAGCGCCCCGCGAAUGAGGCCACCUUCAACGUGUUCUACUACUUGCUGGCCUGUUCGGACAAUGCCCUCCGGACGGAGCUUCAUUUCAACCACUUGGCAGAAAACAACUUCUUUGGGAUUGUACCCCUGUCAAAGCCGGAGGAGAAGCAGAAGGCCGCCCAGCAGUUCAGCAAGCUCCAGGCAGCCAUGAAAGUGAUGGGCAUCUCCAGUGAUGAGCAGAAAGCCUUCUGGCUUGUCCUGGGGGCUGUUUAUCACUUGGGGGCUGCAGGAGCCACCAAAGACGGCGACGAAGCUGGGAGGAAGCAGUUUGCUCGCCACGAGUGGGCCCAGAAAGCAGCCUACCUGCUGGGCUGCACACUGGAAGAGCUGUCCUCAUCCAUCUUCAAGCACCAGCCCAAAGGGACCCUGCAAAGAUCCACCUCCUUCCGCCAGGGGCCGGAGGAAGCUGCCUUGGCAGAUGGCUCAGGCCCAAAGACCACUGCUCUGGAGUGCUUGGAGGCCCUCGCCUCAGGCCUGUACUCUGAACUCUUCACGCUGCUCAUCUCACUCCUCAACAGGGCCCUCAAGUCCAGCCAGCGGUCCUUGUGUUCCAUGAUGAUUGUGGACACCCCCGGCUUCCAGAACCCCGAGAUGGCCGGCCAGAGCCGCGGGGCCACUUUUGAAGAGCUGUGCCACAACUAUGCCCAGGAGCGGCUGCAGACCCUCUUCCACGAGCGCACUUUCGUGCAGGAGCUGGAGAGAUACAAGGAGGAAAACAUAGACCUUUCCUUAGAUGCCUUAGAGCCUAAUACAUCUGGGUCUAUAGCCACAGUAGACCAAGCGUCCCACCAGGCACUGGUCCGCUCCCUGGCCCGGACCGACGAGGCCCGCGGCCUGCUGUGGUUGCUGGAGGAGGAGUCGCUGCAGCCCGGAGGCAACGAGGACACUUUGCUGGAGCGGCUGUUCACCUACUACGGCCCGCAGGAUGGAGACAAGAAAGGGCACAACCCGCUGCUCCGAAGCAGUAGGCCACGGCACUUCUUCCUGGGGCACAGCUAUGGCACCAACUGGGUGGAAUAUGACACCACGGGCUGGCUGAACUAUGUCAGGCAGAAUCCUGCAUCCCAGAACACUCUGACUCUCCUGCAGGAGUCCCAGAAGAAAAUAAUCAGCAGCCUCUUCGCAGGCCGAGCUGGGACAGGAAUGGUGCUGUCUGGGUCCAUCGCUGGCCUGGAAGGAGGCUCUCAGCUGGCUUUGCGCAGGGCCACAAGCAUGCGGAAGACCUUCACCACGGGCGUGGCAGCCGUGAAGAAGAAGUCUGUCUGCAUCCAGAUCAAGCUGCAAGUGGACGCGCUGAUCGACACCCUCAAGAAGUCCAAGCUCCACUUUGUGCACUGCUUCCUGCCCAAGGCGGACAGCUGGAGCGGGGACUCCAGAGGGCUGUGCACGCGGAGAGUGAGCACCAGCGAGCUGGACCUGCACGGGGAGCACUGCGAGGCCGGCCUCAUGCAGCUGGACAUACCCCUCCUGAGGGCCCAGAUCCGGGGCUCCCGGCUCCUCGAUGCCCUUCGGAUGUACCGCCAAGGUUGGUACCCUGCCCCCCGAAGCAGUUGCGUUGUGAUCACCUGCAGGCAUGUGCUGUGGAAGCAGGAGGCGUCGCUCUGCCCCCGCCUGUAAUGAAGUCCCUGCGUU